AUGCUGAAUGAAGAUUAUAUUAAAUUACAAAAAUAUUAUUUAUCUUACUGCAGCACUUUUCCUAAAAAUUUAGAUAAAUGGGAACAAAUAAAAGAACUUUGUUCAAAAUAUCUUUUAAGAACUCUUCAAAUUCACGAUAAGAAAUGCAUUAGUGUAUUCGCUGAAAUUCAACUCAUGUGGAGUAAUUUUAAUACCUAUAGCAGAAAUGCCAAUUCUUACAGAUGUAAACCUAAUAAUUCUAUUAUUAGCUAUUACCAUAUUUGGGAAUAUGCUAAAAAAUUGUAUGACUACUAUAUCGAUUUUAGUUACCUUGAUAUAAUAACUAGUAAUUUUAUAGAAAAGUAUGAAAAUUUGUGCGCAUACCUUAAUAACAUAACUGAUAAGUAUUGGAGGUUCCUGGGGAUGAUAAUAUUUUUCACACUGCACUUUACCCAAAUGGUUCUUCUGAGCAUCAUGAAUUAUGAAGUGCCAAAUCGAAUUCUCUAA